CAACUUUUUCCUCCCGUUGCCGUCUUCCAGAGCCCCCGCAGCAACUCUCCUGGCCACCGGACACCAACCAUGAGGCCGAUCGAUCUCGCCAGCCGGUCAGGCGUGGCUUUAAGGAGGGCCUUGCAAGGGCAGCAGCUCCGCCGAGUCACGAACACACGACCAUACUCGAACGGGCCGCUCCUGCCGCCGACGUACGAGAAGCUUUACAACAAAUACUCCGAAGUCCGCCGCGUGCUGGGCGCCCGGCGGCUGACACUCGCCGAGAAGAUUUUGUACAGCCACCUGGACAAUGUCGAGGAGUCGCUGCUCUCCAACACCAACAAUGGCAGCGACAUUCGCGCCAACGCCAACCUCAAGCUGCGGCCCGACCGCGUCAACAUGCAGGACGCCUCGGCCCAGAUGGCCCUGCUGCAGUUCAUGAGCUGCAACCUGCCCCAGACCGCUAUCCCCGCAAGCAUUCACUGCGAUCACCUGAUUGUCGGCGAGCACGGCGCCGACGACGACCUGUCGGCGGGUAUCAAGACGAACCGGGAGGUCUUUGACUUCCUCGAGUCAGCCGCCAGGAAGUACGGCAUUGACUUCUGGCCGCCGGGCGCGGGCAUCAUCCACCAGACGGUGCUCGAGAACUAUGCGCUCCCCGGGCUGAUGAUGCUCGGCACCGACAGCCAUUCGCCGAAUGCCGGAGGACUGUGCACCAUUACCAUUGGUGUUGGCGGCGCCGACGCCGUCGAGGCGCUGGUCGGCGCUCCGUGGGAGCUGAAGGCGCCCAAGAUCAUGGGUGUCAAACUGUCCGGCACGCUCAACGACUGGGUGUCGCCCAAGGACCUGAUCCUCCACCUUGCCGGCCUUCUCACCGUGCGUGGUGGCACGGGCUAUAUUGUCGAGUACUUCGGUUCGGGCGUUGAGACCCUGAGCCUCACCGGCAUGGCUACGGUUUGCAACAUGGGUGCCGAGUUGGGCGCGACAACUUCCAUCUUUCCCUACACCGAGGCAUCGAAGCGAUACCUGAAGGCGACCAGGAGAGAACAGGCCAGCCGCAAUGCGGAUGCGCUGCAGAGCUUCCCGGGCACGGGCGCCGCCGAGGAUGCCUUCUUCCAGUUCAAGGCCGACGAGGGCGCGCAGUACGACGAGCUCAUCGAGGUCGACCUCUCCAAGCUCGAGCCGCACAUCAACGGCCCGUUUACGCCAGAUCUCGCCACGCCCCUGUCGCAAUUCAAGAAGACGGUGCAGGAGCAGCAGUGGCCGGCGAAGCUGUCGGCCGGCCUCAUCGGCAGCUGCACAAACAGCUCGUACGAGGACAUGACGCGCGUCGAGAGCAUCGUGCGUGAGGCCGAGAAGGCCGGCCUGAAGCCCAAGGCCGACUUCUACAUCACGCCGGGAAGCGAGCAAAUCCGGGCGACGCUGGAGCGCGACGGCACCCUCGAGACCUUCACGCAAGCCGGCGGCAUCGUCCUGUCCAACGCCUGCGGCCCCUGCAUCGGCCAGUGGAAGCGGCACGACGGCGUGGCAAAGGGCACCCCUAACGCCAUCCUGACGUCGUACAACCGCAACUUCCGCGGCCGCAACGACGGCAACCCGGAGACCAUGAACUUCCUCGCCUCGCCGGAAAUCGUCACGGCCAUGGCCUACGCGGGCUCCACCACCUUCAACCCCAUGACGGACGCGCUGACGACGCCCUCGGGCGCCGAGUUCCGCUUCCCCGCCCCGCGCGGCCUCGAGGGGCCCGAAACGCCCUUCGAGCAAGGCAAGCAGACGCUCGCGGUGCUCUCACAACCGCCGGACCCGUCGGUGCGCGUCGCCAUCUCCCCAUCGUCCGAACGCCUGGCGCUGCUGGAGCCCUUCGACCCCUUUCCCGAAUCGGACCUGACCGGCAUGCGGGUGCUCGUCAAGGUCGCGGGCAAGUGCACGACCGACACCAUCUCGGCCGCGGGGCCCUGGCUCAAGUACAAGGGCCACCUGCCCAACAUCAGCGCCAACACGCUCAACACGGCCGUCAACGCCGAGACGGGCGAGGUCAAUGCCGCGUACGACUAUGACCUCGAUCCCUCGCAAGAGAAGAUGACGAUCCCCGAGCUGGCGCAGCGGUUCAAGGAGAGGGGCCAGGCUUGGUUGGUCGUCGCCGAGCAUAAUUAUGGCGAGGGGUCCGCGCGCGAGCAUGCCGCGCUGCAGCCGAGGUAUUUGGGCGCGAGGAUUAUUGUGUGCAAGAGCUUUGCGAGGAUUCACGAGACGAAUCUGAAGAAGCAGGGAGUUGUGCCGCUGACAUUCGCGGACCAGGCGGAUUAUGAGAGGAUUGGGGCCGGGGAUGAGGUCGAGACGGUCGGUUUGUAUGAUAUGCUGAGGAAUGGUGGCGUCGGCGAAGUUAAGUUGAGGGUCAAGAGGAGGAGACGUGGGUCAAAGAUUGGGGAGGGGGAGGUGGUUGAGAUUCCAGUGAGGCAUACCGUUAGUAGGGACCAGGCGCGGUUUAUACUGGCGGGGAGCGCGUUGAAUUUGCUUGCAAGGGGGGGUUAAAAGCAUGGGAGAAAGGAAGGAAGGGAGGGGUUGGUGAGAUUAAAGUGUCUUGCUUGAGUGUGGGCUGUGUGGCUGUAUCUUGGUGUGUUGUAGUCUGAGCUGUUAUAGAUCUGGGACAGUAUUGUGGGGCCCUACGCGGUAUACCCCGACGCUUCGCUUCUGCGAGGUUGGUAAAUAGACGCGAAAUAUAGGAAAUGAUGUCC